GUUAAUGAAUAGCCCGAGUCUACUCUUAUUUGUAGUUAUAAUCCACAGAGAAGUAUAUUGACUGCUGGAUUCUCUGAGAUUGAAGGUACCAAAAUUCUAGGGUUUAUGUUCUCCACUCUCUGUACCGGUUGGGGUAGUGAAUUGAUUUUUUAAGAAGAAAUCUGAAAGCAUGCGGCCAAACUCCGAGAGUGCAAAGCGUACAGGAGUUGAUUCAUAUAAUAUUUCACCUUCCACAGUGUGUUCUGAACGUUGGUGGCGCAGUUCUGGUCAUAACUCCAUCCCCUCUGCUGUGAUAGCAACUAAUGCAUCCAAUUCAUAUUCUCUGGAACAAUCUAAGGAUGGCCAAUCAAAAUCUGAUGGUGGGUUUAAUGAGAAAGAAGACGCUGUUGAAGAAUCACGCGUUACUUCACCUCCAGGUUCAGAUGGAACUUACGGACAAGAGCACCGGAAUUUACAGCACGUCACAUCAACCAUACCUCCAAGGAAUGAUGAAAGCGUCACACUGCCUCCACAGCUUGAACUUGUUGGCCACUCAAUUGCUUGCGCGUCAAAUCCAUAUUCAGAUCCAUACUAUGGAGGAAUGAUGGCGGCUUAUGGGCCUCAGCCUUUGCAGGUUCAUCCUCAUUUGUUUGAUAUGCAUCACGCUAGAAUGCCUUUGCCCCUUGAAAUGACACAAGAGCCAGUUUAUGUGAAUGCCAAGCAAUACCAUGGGAUUCUGAGGCGAAGACAGUCACGUGCCAAAGCUGAGCUUGAAAAGAAGCUGAUAAAAGUUCGGAAGCCAUAUCUUCAUGAAUCCCGGCACCAGCAUGCUAUGAGAAGGGCCAGGGGUUCUGGAGGCCGUUUUGCAAAGAAGACUGAAACUGAGGCGUCUAAGCGCAAAGCAAAAGAAAAGGGAACAGGUUCAGGUUCAGUCAUCUCGUCACAGUCUGCCAGUUCCUCAGGUUCCGAACCUAUGCCCUGUGACUCCGCUGAAACCUUGAGUAAUCAUCAAGAAGCAAGACGACCCAACGAGCAUGGAAGUUCCGAAGCACGCAGAUACAUCAAUGACAAUGGCCAGUACCACCAGAUCCACAGCAGCUUCCGUACAUAUAAUUCGCGCUUGGCCAAGGGAGGAGGAGGGGGAGGAGGGGAAGGAGAGUCUUCGGGCCAGCAAUGGGGAAGCAUCCCAUCUCGCAAGGCUUCGCAGAAGGCCCUUGCCAUCUAGUGAGCUCUAGCAUGUGGUGGUGAUGGUUCCAAGGAGGAGGAUUGUCUCUAUCUCAUCUAAAGGGUGACAUCACUAGUGAGCUUUCGUUUUCCUAUGUCAAAACCAUUCUUGGCUUUUUAAAGGCUAGGCGGCAAAUCAUUCUUGGCUUUGUUUCUUUUGCUUCUGGUUGGUGGGGUAGAAGAGAUGAGAGAUGAUCAAAUAGGUCCUUGUUGCUUCUAUAAACUUUCACAUUUCUUCUUUUACAUGUUUUGUACAUAGAAUGAAGAAACCCAUGUAGAUUUAGAAGAGUUUGGGGAGAUUUUAGGAACCAUGUAAAGUUGACAAAUGCUUGAUCGUCUUUUAUUGUGUAUCAUCUUACCAAUAGGAUUUAAGGUUGUGACUUAAUGUAGUGUUUGAAAUGUUGGAUGGAUUAUGAAUUUGUUUGAUUUCUAUCAA